UAUUUGCAUCCCUCCCUGGGAGUGGCAGCCGCUAAUCCCUCUCUCUCUCCUCCCUCGCGGGCGCAGACCUUCCCGGACUCCCCCCUCGCAGGUUUCAUCCUCGCACAUUAAGCCGAACAUGGGAAGCAGCAGCCUUCGCCCUCUCGUUUAGUCUCUGGUCCACACCUCCGUCACCCAGGACGAGCGCUUCGGCUGUUUCCUGCUCUGGGAGAAUGAACAUGCUGAAGUCCAGCGGGCUGAAAAUCCCGGGCCGUGGGGCCAAACAUUCCAGCCCAGUGGGAAGAACCUCAGUGGGAGGAACGUCCAGCCCCGUCGCCCCUAAAGACGGUGCGCCACUCAAGCCCAUCACAGCUUCUAAAGUCUCUGAGGAGGGCGACGAGGUUUUAGGGGACUACACUGUUGGUGAACAAGUCUGGGUCAACGGCGUCAAACCUGGAUUCAUCGCCUACCUCGGGGAGACCCAGUUCGCCCCCGGCCAGUGGGCAGGCGUCAUUCUGAAUGACCUAGUUGGCAAGAAUGACGGGUCGGUGGGUGGCGUGCGCUACUUUGAGUGCCAGCCCCUCCAGGGCAUUUUCACAAGACCCUCAAAGCUCACCCGGCAGCCAGUGGCGGAGGGGAGCGACAGCCACUCCACCGACUCGGCCCAGAAUCAGAGCCAGCAGGGAGGAAGCGGCGCCCCCGCUGGCCAGAGGGUGGUGGUGCCGCUCAGAGAGGGGCUCCUCAACAGCGCCGUGAAAACGGGAAACGAGUCGGGGUCCAACAUGUCCGACAGCGGGUCGGUUAAAAAAGGUGGCGAUAAAGACCUGCGAGUGGGAGAUCGAGUUCUGGUGGGAGGCUCUAAGAUGGGAGUUAUCCGUUACAUGGGGGAAACGGACUUUGCUAAGGGUGAAUGGUGUGGGGUCGAGCUCGACGAGCCCCUGGGGAAGAAUGACGGUGCAGUCGCCGGUACGAGAUAUUUUCAGUGUCUUCCGAAGUUCGGCCUGUUCGCCCCCAUCCACAAGGUGAUCCGAAUCGGCUUUCCCUCCACCAGCCCGGCCAAGGCCAAGAAGAGCAAGCGGGUGGCCAUGGGGGUCUCGUCCCUGGCCCACAGCCCCAGCAGCUCCUCCAUCAGUUCAGUCAGCUCGGUGGCCUCCUCUGUGGGUGGACGCCCGAGCCGAGCUGGACUGCAAACCACCGUUGAAGAGCAGAGUCGCAUCGUGCAGCUGGAGGAGCAGCUCUCCCUCACGAGAGCUGAGGUCAAGGACCUCCGGGCUCAGCUCAGACGGGUGGACGCAGAGGCCCCGGGGACCGACGCCCAGCCGGCGAGCGGCGAGCCCCACGAGGAGAACGGCGAGCUCAAAGAGAAGUACAAGAGCGCGCUAGCGGAGAGCCGGCAGGAGGUGGAGUCGCUGAGGGCGCUGGUGGAGAAACAGAACCUGGAGCUCAGUGAGGCGAAGCAGAAAGUUCAGCAGGCCACCAAGGAGAACGUGGAGAUGAUGGACACCUGGAAGGUUAAGUUUGACUCGUUGGUCAGCGACCACCAGCGAUCCUUGGAGGACCUGAAGGCCUCACUGAGCCGAGAUCAAGCUGCUCCACACGGUCCGGAGCAGGACGCCCAGGAGCUCAGGACCACCCUGGAGAGCCUGAAGAUGGAGCACCAGCUGGAGGUGGAGAACCUCAAGGCCAAGCACCAGAUCGAAGCUGCCCUCCUGGUCAAGGAGCGCGAGGACCUCUGCGCUCGCCUUCAGGAGGCCAGAGACCAUCUGGCCGAGGGCAGCCAGACCUGGAGGCCCGACAUGGAGACUAACUGCACCAAGGCUGCCCUGGACGAGGCCUCCGAGAAGCUACAGAAGGCAGAGGCGAGGCUGGCGGAGAUGGAGAAGCUCCAAGUGGAGCAGGACCAAACCUCGGCAGAGCUACGACACAGACUGGAGCUGUCGGAGAAGAAGAUGACGGAUUACCAGAGCCUGCAGAAGGCUCAGGCCGAGAGCCAGGAGGAGAUCAAGAAACUGGAGGAGAAGCUGAGGGUGAGGGCGAACCAGCUGCAGGCCGUCCAGGCAGACCGCUACUCGUCCCACGAUGCAAACAUGAUAGAAGACAUUUCAGAUGAGAAGAUGAAGCUCACGCAGAAUAUUGAAGAAACCAUGGAGAAGUUGUUGAAAAGAGAAAAAGAAGUUUUUACGCUCACUUCUCAGGUCGAAGCUCUCAAAUCACAGGUUGGAGCUCUGGAAGGGAAAGUUCGCUCUGGGGAGAAGAAAGCCGAAGCCCUCGCCAGGGAGAAGAUGCGCGUGGAGGCAGAGCUGGAGUCCAUGACCAAGAAGUCCCAUGAUGCAUCGGGGCAGCUGGUCAGCAUUAGCCAGGAGCUGCUGAAGAAAGAAAGGAGUCUGAACGAACUGAGGGUGUUGCUCCUGGAAUCGCACCGCCACUCUCGAGAUGUCGAGAAGGACCUGAACCGAGAGGUGCACAAGGCUGAAUGGAGGGUGAAGGAGCAGAAACUUCAGGAGGACAUCAAAACCCUGCGAGAAAAACUGCUUCUGCUGGGUCGAGAGCGAUCCUCACCCGACCACCGGCGCUACUCCAUGCUGGACCCCUCCGCUCUGGACUCGGAGGUGACCCGCCUGCGCCAGCGACUGCUCAGCACCGAGGACGCCCUGAGGAACGCCUUGGAGCACAACCAGCAAGUGGAUCAGCUUGUCCAGGCCAUGCGGAAACAUCCGGACAAAAACCAGGUUCACGGUGCAAAUUCAGCCAAUGGAAUUCACCACCAGGAAUCAGACAGCACUCAAGAUCAACAACACUGAUAUGAGCAGCAGAGACGAGACGGGAGGACGUGGACCGACCCGGACCGAUGUGGGCAACACUAAACGCAACUUGUCCAACGCGUCUCCUGAUGCUGCGACGGACGCCUGAAGAACAUUUCAGUUUACAGUCAAAACCAAAACAGCAAAUCUCCGAGUGAACGUAUGUGUCGUUGCAGAAGGCAUCUAUUAGCCAAUCAGGAAGCUCCUUUAAAGUUCUAUAAAUUAUGGACACAAAGAAAUAUUACUGGUGAACACUGAGGACUUGAAGGACGGCAGCUUUUUGAGCUUUACGGUAGUUAGAACGUUCAAAUCCACAGGUUGCUGGGAACUUUGACAAUUUGAACUUUAUUUGGAACGAUGGACAAGCAGAUGAAGAGCUGAAGGACCGGGUCUCAGUUGCUGUUUUUGUUGUAUUUAUUACUUUUACUUUGUAAUAAUCUGUACUGUAGGUGAGCUGUACUGGCUCAGAGCCGCACACCAACCAUGACCUGCUCUGGGCCACUUUAUUAUCCAAUGAGAAAUGGUAUCAAACUGAUUACACGUGUGCUACUGUAUGUAUUCAAACUGCAGCUGUAGCGCACAAAAACAAUUUAUUUUCUCCACCCAAAAAAUUAUGUUUGAUUAUGAAACGCUGCAAGUUUGGCAGGUGGCUGGAGAAAAGGGGGUUAUUUGUUUGUAUCUCUUAAUGACUGUGGUCAGAUUGUAUGGAUUUUUUUUGGACUGUUGUCUCUCCAUACGUGUGCCGAAUGUGCUCCAAAUGCUGCCUUAAUGCAACAUUUACGCAGCCUUUUCAUGCGGUGGGUCUGUAAAUUGAAUUUCAGCCUAAAAAAGUCUCAAACAAGAGAAACGAAUUCAAACGCUGUUGAGAUAAUCCGAACUCC